GGCAUGCGCGAGGCGGCGGCGGCUGGGCACCGCCAUUUUGGCCGGUGGCCGUAGGAACACGCCGUUUGCCUGAGAAGUGAAAGCAAGAGCUGGUUUGGCCUCUGCAUGCCCCUCCGCGAGGGAAAUCUGUCUUUCCAGGGGAGCUGGAUAUUCUUACUUCCUUAGAGUUAUGGCGGAUAAAUUAACGAGAAUUGCUAUUGUGAACCAUGACAAAUGUAAACCUAAGAAAUGUCGGCAGGAGUGCAAAAAGAGUUGCCCUGUGGUUCGAAUGGGCAAAUUAUGCAUAGAGGUGACCUGUCAGAGCAAAAUAGCAUGGAUUUCUGAAACUCUUUGUAUUGGUUGUGGUAUUUGUAUUAAGAAAUGCCCCUUUGGCGCCUUAUCAAUUGUCAAUUUACCAAGCAACUUGGAGAAAGAAACAACACAUCGAUAUUGUGCCAAUGCCUUCAAACUUCACAGGUUGCCUAUCCCUCGUCCAGGUGAAGUUUUGGGAUUAGUUGGAACUAAUGGUAUUGGAAAGUCAACUGCUUUAAAAAUUUUAGCAGGAAAGCAAAAGCCAAACCUUGGAAAGUAUGAUGAUCCGCCUGAUUGGCAAGAAAUUUUGACUUACUUCCGUGGAUCUGAAUUGCAAAAUUACUUUACAAAGAUUCUAGAAGAUGACCUGAAAGCCAUUAUCAAACCUCAGUAUGUAGACCAGAUUCCCAAGGCUGCAAAGGGAACAGUGGGGUCUAUUUUGGACCGAAAAGAUGAGACAAAGACACAAGCAAUUGUAUGUCAGCAGCUUGAUUUAACCCAUCUAAAAGAGCGCAAUGUUGAAGAUCUUUCAGGAGGAGAGUUGCAGAGAUUUGCUUGUGCUGUUGUUUGCAUACAGAAAGCUGAUAUUUUCAUGUUUGAUGAACCUUCUAGUUACCUAGAUGUCAAGCAGCGUUUAAAGGCUGCUAUUACAAUACGAUCUUUAAUAAAUCCAGAUAGAUAUAUCAUUGUGGUGGAGCAUGAUCUAAGUGUAUUAGACUAUCUCUCUGACUUCAUCUGCUGUUUAUAUGGCGUACCAAGUGCUUAUGGUGUUGUCACUAUGCCUUUUAGUGUAAGAGAAGGCAUAAACAUUUUUUUGGAUGGCUACGUUCCAACAGAAAACUUGAGAUUCAGAGAUGCAUCACUUGUUUUUAAAGUGGCUGAGACAGCAAAUGAAGAAGAAGUUAAAAAGAUGUGUAUGUAUAAAUACCCUGGAAUGAAGAAAAAGAUGGGAGAGUUUGAGCUAGGAAUUGUAGCUGGAGAGUUUACAGAUUCUGAAAUCAUGGUGAUGUUGGGGGAAAAUGGUACUGGUAAAACGACAUUUAUCAGAAUGCUUGCUGGAAGACUUAAACCUGAUGAAGGAGGGGAAGUACCAAUUCUAAAUGUCAGUUAUAAGCCACAGAAAAUCAGUCCCAAAUCAACGGGAAGUGUUCGACAGCUACUACAUGAGAAGAUAAGAGAUGCUUACACACACCCACAGUUUGUAACUGAUGUGAUGAAGCCUCUGCAAAUUGAAAACAUCAUUGAUCAAGAGGUGCAGACAUUAUCUGGUGGUGAACUGCAGCGAGUAGCUUUAGCUCUUUGUUUGGGCAAACCUGCUGAUGUCUAUUUAAUUGAUGAACCGUCUGCCUAUUUGGAUUCUGAGCAAAGAUUAAUGGCUGCUCGAGUUGUGAAACGUUUCAUUCUCCAUGCCAAGAAGACAGCCUUCAUUGUAGAACACGACUUCAUCAUGGCCACGUAUCUCGCAGACCGAGUCAUUGUUUUUGAUGGUGUUCCAUCUAAGAACACAGUUGCAAACAGUCCUCAAACCCUUUUGGCUGGCAUGAAUAAAUUUUUGUCUCAGCUUGAAAUUACAUUCAGAAGAGAUCCAAACAACUAUAGGCCAAGAAUAAACAAACUCAAUUCAAUUAAGGAUGUAGAACAAAAGAAGAGUGGAAACUACUUUUUCUUGGAUGAUUAGAGUGAAUCUGAGAAUACUGAUAAGCCAUUUAUUAAAAGAAACAUUGGGAUUUUUGUCAUAUAAAACUGAAAAUCAGGUUUUAUACCCCACAUGCCCUGGAGCUUGGAAUUUAACUUGCUGUAAUAACAUCAAAAGCCAGUUGUGUUAUAAACUGUAAUCGGAAUACAGAAAAUAUCACUUUUCUGUUCUUGAUAGGGCCCUUUUUGUGCAUAACAUUCAAAAAUGAAGACAUUUCAAGCUAUACAGAUUACCUCCAAGUUUUCAUGAUGUAUGCGAAGAUUUUCAAUAAGUAUAUUAUAUAUUCAUGUACUGAAUGCUGACCAGUGUUGCCCCCUUUUAAAAAUCUUGAAACAAGUUUCUGUAAUUCCAUAGUUUGCCAAGUAUUCUAGUAUAAUGAAACCACCCUUAUUUUUAAGGCCGGUCGAUGACUCUACUGAUGAAAUUUGAUAAAUAAACAUCAGGAUUGUA